AUGGCGCCCCUGGUUGAAAAUGCGCAAAUUAAGCACGCGCAGCUGCUGAAUCCGCUUUCCUUUCACUUCCGCGCAUACAUUUGGCCGUUUGCCAUAAUCUGGCCCAUCUUUCUUCGAUACUUUCUGACUCCCGAGCUCUACGAGAAACACAUCGGCGCCCCCGAAUGGACUUUUGUCUGGGUUGGCUCCAUCAUCACGGUCCAGUCUUUGGUUUGGCUGAGUACUCAUUGGAGCGUCAACCUUGAUGCCAUCCUCACCGCCCAGUCUGCCAAGUCUGUCGAAGAUGCUCAGCUCAUCAAGGUUAUUCCCGUCGCCAACGCCGGCUCAGCCGAGAUCUGCAAGUUGGUUCGCGACAAGACUGGUGGAAAGACCAAUCUCUCGUUCCUUUUUCAAAAGCGUCGCUUCCUGUACAAUCCCGAUACCAAGUCCUUCGAUACCCUCAAGUAUGCAAUCGACUCCGAGCCUCAACCCCUCAUUCGCGACUUUCAGUUUUCCCGCGGCAUCGAGCAAAAGUCUGAGCUUUCGCGCAUGGAGCACCACUAUGGCACCAACACCUUUGAUAUUCCCGUACCAACUUUUACCGAGCUGUUCAAAGAGCACGCUGUUGCGCCAUUCUUCGUCUUUCAAAUCUUCUGCGUUGGUCUUUGGAUGCUCGAUGACUACUGGUACUACUCGCUCUUCACUCUCUUCAUGCUUGUCGCCUUCGAAAGCACCGUCGUUUGGCAGCGCCAGCGCACUCUGACCGAGUUCCGAGGAAUGAGCAUCAAGCCCUACGAUAUGUGGGUGUACCGUCUGGGCGCCUGGACCGAAGUGCAAAGCGAUGCUCUCCUCCCUGGCGAUUUGGUUUCUGUCACCCGUACCAAGGAUGAUAGUGGUGUUGCCUGUGACAUGAUUCUGGUUGAGGGCACCGCCAUUGUCAACGAGGCCAUGCUUUCCGGCGAGAGUACCCCUCUACUCAAAGACUCCAUUCAGCUUCGCCCCGCCGAUGCGACACUCGAUGCAGAGGGCCUAGACAAGAACGCUUUCCUCUGGGGCGGCACAAAGGUUCUCCAGAUAACCCACGCAAGUGCCGAUCAAGAGAAACCUGUCCUGCCUUCUGGAGUUCCUCCCCCCCCUGACAAUGGCGCCAUGGCUAUUGUGACCAAGACCGGUUUCGAGACUUCUCAGGGCAGCCUUGUCCGCACUAUGAUCUACUCUACGGAGCAUGUUUCUGCCAACAACGUCGAGGCUUUACUUUUUAUCCUGUUCCUACUGAUUUUCGCCAUUGCCGCCUCAUGGUAUGUCUGGGACGAAGGUGUGCGUAAAGAUCGCAAGCGUUCCAAACUGCUUCUCGACUGUGUCUUGAUCGUGACUAGUGUCGUCCCCCCUGAGCUACCUAUGGAGCUUAGUCUUGCUGUCAAUACCAGUUUGGCUGCUUUGGCUAAGCUAGCCAUUUUCUGCACCGAACCUUUCCGUAUUCCCUACGCCGGGCGCGUUGAUGUUGCUUGUUUUGACAAGACUGGUACCCUCACUGGCGAGGAUCUUGUUGUCGAAGGUAUUGCCGGACUUGGGUUGAACCAUUCCGAUGUGGAAGAUUCGAAGGAAUCGGAUGGCGCUCACUCUACCAUCAUCUCUGUCAAGGGAGCGAGCCUGGAAACCCAGCUGGUUUUGGCCACUGCACAUGCGCUGGUUAAGCUUGAUGAAGGAGACAUUGUCGGAGACCCUAUGGAAAAGGCCACGCUUGCUUCUCUUGGCUGGACUCUUGGACGCAAGGAUAUUCUCUCGAGCACUGAAAAGGCCAAAGGCACUGUUGGCAGUGUUCAAAUCAAGCGUCGUUUUCAAUUCUCUUCUGCUCUGAAGCGUCAAAGCUCCAUCGCCAUGGUCAACGGUACCAACACCAAGACAGGUGAAAAGCUCAAGGGCACUUUCGCCGGUGUCAAGGGCGCUCCUGAGACCAUUAUGAAGAUGCUUGUUGAAGUUCCCGCUGAUUAUGAGGAGACGUACAAAUACUUCACCCGCAAAGGCUCCCGUGUCCUGGCUCUCGCUUACAAGCAACUGACUGUCGAUUCUGAACUCGGCGCGGCCAAGAUCAACGACCUGAAGCGCGAAAAGGUUGAGGCUGAUCUGACGUUUGCCGGCUUCCUGAUCCUCCACUGCCCCCUCAAAGAAGAUGCCAAGGAAGCUGUUCAGAUGCUCAAUGAGAGCAGUCACCGUGUGGUCAUGAUUACAGGUGACAAUCCUCUGACUGCCGUGCACGUCGCUCGUGAAGUGGAGAUUGUUGAUCGUGAUGUUCUCAUUCUUGACGCCCCCGAGGACGACAAGGGAGCCGAGCACCUCGUCUGGCGCAGCGUUGAUGAUCGUAUUACCAUCUCUGUCGAUCCCACCAAGCCCAUUGACUCCAAGAUUGUCAAGGACAACGACCUCUGCGUGACCGGUUACGCCCUUGCUAAACUCCAAGGCCAGCCCGGAUGGAACACUCUCAUCCGCCACGCUUGGGUGUACGCUCGUGUUUCGCCCAAGCAAAAAGAAGACAUUUUGCUAAGCCUCAAGGAUAUGGGAUACUACACUUUGAUGGCCGGUGAUGGUACCAAUGAUGUUGGCGCCCUCAAGCAGGCUCACAUUGGUAUUGCUCUUCUCAACGGUACAAAAGAGGACCUGACCCGCAUUGCGGACCAUGCUCGCAACACCAGACUCAAGGACAUGUAUCAGAAGCAGUGCGAUUUGAUGAAGCGUUUCAACCAACCCCAGCCACCAGCCCCUGUUCUCAUUGCUCAUCUGUACCCCCCCGGACCUGCCAACCCGCACUACCAAAAGGCCGUUGAGCGCGAGGCCGAGAAGAAGGGCGUCUCUGUGCAGGAAUACGUCAAGCUUGCUGGCCACUCCCUUGAGACCAUCACCACACCCGCCGCUCAACAGCUGAUAAACUCGAACGAUCCUCAGGCUGCUCGCCAAGCCGCUGCGCAAGCCAAGGCCGCGAGCUUCGCCGACAAGCUCUCCUCUGGAAUGAUGGAAGCAGAACUUGGAGAUGACGAGCCGCCCACGCUGAAGCUCGGAGACGCCUCAGUUGCCGCCCCCUUUACAUCCAAGCUCCGCGAUGUUAUUGCCAUUCCCAACAUUAUCCGUCAAGGCCGCUGCACUCUGGUUGCCACGAUUCAAAUGUACAAAAUUCUCGCGCUCAACUGCCUCAUUUCUGCCUACUCCCUGUCCGUUCUCUACCUCGAAGGCAUCAAGUUUGGUGAUACGCAGUACACCAUUAGCGGCAUGCUCAUGUCCGUCUGCUUCCUCAGCAUCUCGCGCGCCAAGGUGGUCGAGGGUCUGAGCAAAGAGCGCCCGCAGCCCAACAUUUUCAACAUUUAUAUUAUUGGGUCUAUCCUGGGCCAGUUUGCUGUGCACAUUGUCACGCUCAUCUACGUGGCCCGCCUGUCGGAGAAGAUUGAGCCGCGUUCCGACGACGUCGAUCUCGAGGCCGAAUUUGAGCCAUCGCUGCUCAACUCGGCCAUCUACCUGCUGCAGCUCGUGCAGCAAGUCUCAACUUUUGCCAUCAACUACCAGGGCCGCCCGUUCCGCGAGGCGCUCACCGAGAAUAAGGCCAUGUUUUACGGCAUCCUCGGCGUCUCCGGUCUCGCUUUCGUCUGCGCCAUGGAGCUGAUCCCCGAGAUCAACGAGAGCAUCAAGCUCGUGCCGUUUACGGAGGAGUUCAAGCUCAAGAUGACCGUCGUCAUGGCCCUCGACUUUAUCGUCUGCUGGGUCAUCGAGGUCGUUCUCAAGUCCCUCUUUAGCGACUACCGCCCACGCGACAUUGCCGAGCGCCGCCCCGAUCAGCUCGCCCGCGAGGCCGCCCGCAAAAAGAUUGUCGCUGACGAAAAGGCUAUCGAGGAGGAAAAGAAGCGCCUCGAAAAGGUGGCUGAGUUUGAGCGCAAGGUGGAAGAGCGCAAGAGGCAGCUGCAGGAGUGGCGCGCGGGUCGCCAGCGUCAGUGA